AACACGUGUACAGAUGGACAUAGGGCAGCUCCCGGCAUGGAAGGGGAGGUGGACCGACGGGGCAGUAAUGGGCACCUCUGCAAGUCAAGGGCAAGGAGAGGGGCUGCCUUGCUUUGCGCAGGGGCCUGACGUGGGCCCUGCCUCCUGCCUACUGUGUGCCUGUCAGUCCCAGGUGCUGGGGACAGGGUGACAGAUGAGGCGGUGCUUAUGGGUGAGUGGAAAGACGAGACACAGUAUUUACUGUCAGGUGGUGAAAAGCACAUGCAGCAGGGAUGCACAGAGGAGACUGGAAUUCAGGCCGGGUGUCUGGGCAGGAUGGCACUCUCUGGAGUCAUCACAUGACCCGUCGUGUGCUGGCCCCAUUUGGCCAGAGUGCACUGAAGUGUCUGCUUCUUUCUUUAAGGGAGCAAAGCUUGUAUUGGCUUGCAAUUCAGCAGCUGCCUACAGACCCUAUAGAAGAACAGUUUCCUGUCCUAAAUGUGACCCGGUACUAUAAUGCCAACGGGGAUGUAGUGGAAGAGGAGGAGAAUUCUUGCACCUACUACGAGUGCCACUACCCUCCCUGCACGGUGAUUGAGAAGCAGCUCCGGGAGUUCAACAUCUGUGGGCGCUGCCAGGUGGCCCGGUACUGUGGCUCCCAGUGCCAGCAGAAGGACUGGCCAGCCCACAAGAAGCACUGUCGGGAGAGGAAGCGUCCCUUCCAGCAUGAGCUUGAGCCAGAGCGAUGACGGGCGGGAGAGCCGCACACACUCGCAGCCCCCGGGCUCUACCCUGGGCACAGCAGAGACAGACUGGUGGUUGAACCUGGAGGUGCCGAAAAAGCCAGCUGCGGGCCCAGGACAGCCGCCGUGAGACUCCCGAUGUCACAGGCAGUCUGUGUGGUUAUAGCGCCCCUCAGUGUUCAUCUCCAGCAGAGACAACGAAGGAGGCUCCCACCAGGACGGUUCUCAUUAUUUAUAUGUUAAUAUGUUUGUAAACUCAUGUACAGUUUUUUUGGGGGGGAGGCAAUGGGAAGGGUAGAAAUUACAAAUAGAAUCAUUUGCUGUAAUCCUCGAAUGGCAAACGGUCAGGCCACGUGUCUAAAAACUGUCCUGUAGCUGAAGCUUCUCCCCUGGGCCGCGGGAGCCCCAUGGAGCAGGGCCUGCACAGGAGUUGUGUCCACAAAGGCAAAGUAAAGGGGUAGAAUCAUCCGGCGUCUCGGA